AUGUCCAGGAAUGCCGCACGUGAUCGCAAGCAUCGUUCGUCUUCCCCUUACAAGAGACAGAACUCUCCAAGGCCUGCAAUGAACCCUGUACCUGCGGCUGUGGCUGCGACCGAGCCAGCCGACGAGGUGAACGCACCCGUAACGGACGGAUCUCUCACAGACUUGAUAGCGG